CAACGUUAUCGUGUUCAAAAACCGGUAUCCGGAGCUUAUGGUGUGUGUUUGUGUGUGUAAGAGUGUGUAUGAGAGAGAGACAGAGAGAGAGAGUGUGUAUCUGACUGAGAGAACGUAGUAUACAUGUAACGUGCGUGUUUGAAAUUUAGAUAUAAUUCAGCUAUGUUUAGUUUAAGUGGACUUUCGGUGGCUCUUGUUUUCGCUUUAGUGCCGAGCAGCAGUGAGGCUUUAAAAGACGGAGAGUGUGAAGUAUGUAUAAGCUUCUUGGGGAAGUUUUAUCAGUCACUAAAUGACAAUAAUGUGCAGUUUACUGGUGACACCAUUGAAAAGGCUCUGGUCAAAGCGUGCAAGGAUGCGAAAGGAAAGGAAAACCGAUUUUGCUACUAUAUCGGAGCAACAAGUGAUGCUGCUACAAAAAUCACUAACGAGGUCUCGAAACCAUUGAGUUACCACAUGCCGGUGGAGAAGGUGUGCGAAAAGCUCAAGAAAAAAGACAGUCAGAUCUGUGAACUGAAGUACGAUAAACAAGUGGACUUGAGCACAGUGGACCUAAAAAAGCUAAAGGUGAAGGACCUGAAGAAGAUUCUCGAUGAAUGGGGAGAGUCUUGUAAGGGCUGUGCAGAAAAAUCCGAUUUCAUCCGUAAGAUCACAGAGCUCAUGCCCAAGUAUGCGCCGCAUGCAGCCAAGGCACGGACAGACCUGUAAACUCUCUGUAGACUUGUGGGACCAAAGGAGCGGCUAAGGGUAUCAUGGGUUGUGCGAUUGUUUUUUUUUUUGUUUUUGUUUUUUAAUGCCUCCUGAUGGGGAGCGUGGUUUUCUUUGUCAUCUGCCUGUUAUUCUAGUGGUAAACAUGUCAUUUCAUCCAUACAUUAUUUUAAGGUAAACUGUACUGUAAAUAUUAGACAACACUCUACUGUUUUAACCCAAACUUCAUGAAGAAUAUAAUAACAUUUCCACUGAAUGGCAAACAGUUGGAUUAAAGUGUUGCUUAAAUGUUUCAGAUGAACUUUUUUACCUGGUUACAAAUUCAGUUAAAAACUCAAAAGGAUUGUAUACCAAAUGGGACCAAGGCUUACCCCAAAAAAAAGCUCUCACAUGUGUUCUUUGGGUUACAUUCAUAACGAUAAAAAUCUUUCUGCUAAACAGCAAUAACACAAACUUUAGCUACAAAUUUGAGAUGAAACAGUAUACAGAAAAUGUUUAUACCUAUACAUGCUGGGAUACGAUCACAAACCAUUGUCACCCUGUAGUUCACCUGUAGUUUCUUUUCAAAUUAAUAGGGUUUUUUUUGGACUAUUAUAUGGAAGAGGGUGUGGGAGAAUCCAUACCCAUUCUAGUCAAGUUGACAUCACUGUAAAACAUGUUUAUUAACGUUGUACUAUACUUUUUCAUUAAAAGAACAAAAUGGC